GCCCACCGCAGGAGACUGGGGGAUGUUCCACCAUCCUGGAUUUACAACCAUUUCAAGGAUAUUUGAGCACAAAGAAGACAUUUUUUGGGUGGGAUUUUUCUAAACACUGGAUACUGGAGUUGGAUAUCACCCGGAAAGCUUUUGACGGCCACAACUUUGACUUUUCAGCCCACAUGAUUCACCGUUCACCGUCUUACCUGAGUGGCUGAAGACUCAAGGAACCAACAAUGGAUCAAAACUUGUUUGGUGGAGUCCCCAGGUUUCUCACCCGCCCAAAGGCGUUCUCGGUGUGUGCAGGCAAGGAUGCCACGCUGAGCUGCACUAUCGUGGGCAGCCCGACCCCUGUGAUCACCUGGGAAAAGGAAAAGCUGAAGCUGACAUCUGGGGGACGCUUCAAGACCGUGGAGGAUGGAGAUGUGUACCGCCUGACCAUCUAUGACUUAACGCUGGAGGACAGUGGCCAGUACAUGUGCCGGGCCAAAAACACUGUUGGGGAAGCUUAUGCUGCGGUAACCCUCAAAGUGGCCCUGCCAACGGAGAUGGCACAAAGGGCCCCUGUUUUCCUGCUUAAGCCUACAUCUACACGCGUAGGAUUGGGAGGCGAUGUCGUUUUCCUCUGCCGGGUUGCAGCUUACCCUGAAGCCAACUUUGAUUGGGAGAAAGAUGGGCGCUACUUGGGGGAGUCUACCCGUGUCAAGAUUGUUUCCGACAGUGACAGCAGCACCUUAAAGAUCCAAAGUGUGCGUAAUCUGGACAGCGGCACCUACACCUGCAGGGCCAAGAACACAGUCGGCCGUGCACAUGCUGCGGCAGCCCUGGUUGUAGACGCCCAGGAUUCCCGCCACCUCACUGCAGACAAGAACACCUCCCUCCUUUCUCACCUACAAAAGCGCAAAGAGGAAAUGAACAAGGACAUCUCGAUCUAUCGCACCGAAGAAAGCAGCUCCUCGGUUUCUUCCUCCAAAACCAACAUCAGAGAUAGUUUGAGUUCCCUGAGUCUGGAACACGAGCUUAGGGCCUCUGCGCUGGCAAAGCUUCCCAAAGGUGUGUUCACCCGUAGCUGCACGGUGACUGAAGGAAAACACGCCAAACUCAGCUGCUUUGUGACGGGUCACCCUAAACCCCACAUCAUCUGGAGGAAGGAUGGCACGAACAUCAGCGAGGGCCGCAGGCAUGUCAUUUACGAGGACCAAGCUGAGAACUUCAUCCUCAAGAUCCUGUACUGCAAGCAGAGUGAUAAUGGUCUCUACACCUGCAAUGCAACCAAUAUGGCUGGGCAAACCUACAGCGCCGUGUUGGUAACAGUCAAAGAGCCUAAGGUGCCAUUCAAGAGGAAGCUGCAGGACGUGGAGGUACAGGAGAAAGAAUCAGCUACAAUGAUGUGUGAGGUGCCUGUCAGUGCCACUCACGCCAAUUGGUUCAUGGAGGAAACGAGGCUGGAGCAAAGUACCAAAUAUAAGAUGGAGCAGGAAGGAACCCUGCGUCGUCUCACCAUACACAAUGUCACAACCAACGACGAUGGUGUUUAUAUCUGCGAGAUGAAAGAAGGCAGUCGUACCGUGGCUGAGCUCACCGUCCUGGGCAACAUUACUAAGAAGCUUCCUCGGAGGACAGUAGUUCCAGUCAGUGACACUGUCAUCUUCUGUGUGGAGCUGGAGCAUCCUUUCCCGGACGCCUACUGGACCCGCAAUGGCGAGAAGCUGAAGGAGGAUUCCCGUAUUUCCAUCGCCUGCAUGCUCAGACAGUACACACUCACUAUUAGAGAUUGCCAGGCAGAAGACUCAGGAGAAGUGGCCUUUGUCGCUGGAGACUGCAAGACUUCCACUCGAUUCUCUGUCACUGCUGCAAGGAAGCAUCCUCCCGAUCCCCCAGUCGAUGCCGUGGUGCAGAGCAAGACCGAGUCAUCCAUCACCAUUCAGUGGUCUCCUCCUGACAGCGACCGCCCUGUGCCCAUCAAGGGCUACAUUGUGGAGAGGAGGAAGGUUGGCACCCAGACAUGGCAGAGGUGCAAUGCUGGAGAAACCAUUGUGUCAACAGAGAUCACCAUCUGCCACUUCACUGAAGAAGCAAGCUACCAAUUCCGCAUCUCUGCUAUGAACGACUUUGGCCAGAGUUCCUACCUUGAGGUGCCUGGAAGCUUCUACCUCGAACCCUCUGCUGAAAUCAGGAAAGGCCUAAUGAACAGUACUGCUUUUAUUGGGGAGGAAUUCUCUAUCUCAGUGGAGCUGUCUGCUGUCUGUUCUGGCUUCUGGUCCCUAAACGGCCGCCUCCUGCGCAGUGGAGCUGACUACCUCAUCACCAGGUCCAAGAACACACACACUCUGCUCAUCCGUUUUGUGACCGUGGAAAUGGACGGAGUUGAAGUCAAGUUUGUGGGUGGAGGCUCACAAAGCAGCUGCGUCCUGUCUGUGAAGGCUCCUCCUUUGAGGUUCACCAACAAGUCAGAUAUCAUGGAGGUGGUGAUCUGUAGUGCCCAAGCCACUGCUCAGCUGACUGCUGAGGUGUCUGAUUAUGAUGCAAAGGUGGUUUGGAUGAGGAAUGGGCGGGAGGUGAAGAUGGGAAAGAAGUAUGAAUGUAUGAUCAUCGACCGCAAGAGGAUCCUGAUGGUACAUAAUGUUACUGAGGAAGAUGUGGGCAUCUACGAGUGUGUUUUAGGUGAUGAAAGAUUGGCCCUGCAACUCGCUCUUAAAGAUGAACCUGCCAAGUUUCUGAACAAAGCCAGAGGUCCCAUGGGAUUGUCAUCGACCCUUAAAGGAGAUCUUGAGCUAAGCUGUGAGGUAUCUCUUGCCAGCGCGACCGUUGUGUGGAGAAAAGAUCAAGUGGAGAUCACUGAGGACCAAAGAAGUACCAUCAUCUCCAAAGGGACUCAAAGGAAGCUCAUCAUCAAGAGUGCCAAGAAAAGUGACGAAGGACAUUACUCUUGUGAGACAGCAGCAGACAAAGUCACAUUCCAGGUCAAGAUAAAAGAAACUCAAGCACUAGCUGCCUUCUCCAACAAGGAGUCAGUCCAGAAGGAGGUGAAAGCUACUCUCUCCCAGAAAGCCACUCUUAGUUGCAAUGUUUCGGACAGCAAGACUGAGGUGAAAUGGUACAAAGAUGGCAAGCUGUUGGUAUCCAGUAGGACGAUAUACUCAGAAGUGAAAGGCAGUACUCGUCAGCUGGUGAUAGAAAAGGUGGAGAAGAGUGAUGCUGGAGAGUAUACAUGCGAAGCUGGGGGGGAUAAGCUGGUCUUCAAGAUAUCUGUGUCAGCUUCAGAGGCCCAGUCAGCUUUCUCCAACAAGGAGUCAGUCCAGAGGGAGGUGAAAGCCACUCUCUCCCAGAAAGCCACCCUGAGCUGUGAGGUAGCCGAUACCAAGACAGAGGUGAAAUGGUACAAGGAUGGCAAGCUGCUCACUUCCAGCAAGACAGUCCAUACUGAGUCGAAAGACAAGCGUCGGCAGCUGGUGAUCGACAGCGUGGAGAAGAAGGAUGCUGGAGAGUACAUCUGUGAGGCUGGGACUGAGAAGCUGGCUUUUAAGAUGCAUGUGGCAGAGGCCCAGCCAGCCUUCUUCAACAAGGAGUCAGUCCAGAAGGAGGUGAAAGCCACUCUCUCCCAGAAAGCCACUCUGAGCUGUGAGGUUUCUGAUACCAAGACAGAGGUGAAAUGGUACAAGGAUGGCAAGCUGCUGACUUCCACUAAGACAAUCCAUACUGAGUCGAAAGUCAAGAGUCGGCAGCUGGUGAUCGACAGCGUGGAGAAGAAGGAUGCUGGGGAGUACAUCUGUGAGGCUGGGACUGAGAAGCUGGUCUUCAAACUCCAGGUGGCAGAUGCACAGGUCAAGUCUGCAUUCUCCAACAAGGAGUCAGUCCAGAAGGAGGUGAAAGUCACUCUCUCCCAGAAAGCCACUCUGAGCUGUGAGGUUUCUGAUACCAAGACAGAAGUGAAAUGGUACAAGGAUGGCAAGCUGCUGACCACCAGCAGGACAAUACAUGCAGAUUCAAAGGGCAAGAGUCGCCAGCUGGUCAUAGACAGUGUGGAGAAGAGAGAUGCUGGAGAGUACAUCUGUGAGGUCGGGACUGAGAAGCUGGUCUUUAAAAUACACGUGGAAGUUACUUCUACAGAAGGCCAGGCUAAAUCCGCUUUCCUCAACAAAGAGUCUGUCCAGAGGGAAGUGAAAGCCACUCUCUCCCAGAAAGCGACCCUGAGCUGUGAGGUAGUUGAUAACAAGACAGAGGUAAAAUGGUACAAGGACGGAAAACUGCUGAGUUCCAGCAGAGCAGUUCACUUGGAAUCAAAGGGCAAGAUCCGUCAGCUGGUGAUCGACAGCGUAGAGAAGAAAGAUUCUGGAGAAUACAUCUGUGAAGUUGGAACUGAAAAAUUGGCAUUUAAAGUACAUGUGACAGAGAUCCAACUCAAGUCAGCCUUCUCCAACAAGGAUUCAGUCCAAAAGGAGGUUAAAGCCACUCUCUCUCAGAAAGCCACUCUGAGCUGUGAGGUAGCUGAUACCAAGACAGAUGUGAAAUGGUACAAAGAUGGCAAGCUGCUCACUUCCAGCAAGACAGUGCAUACUGAGUCGAAGGGCAAGAGUCGCCAGCUGGUGAUCGACAGCGUGGAGAAGAAGGAUGCCGGGGAGUACAUCUGUGAGGCUGGGACCGAGAAGCUGGCUUUUAAGAUACAGGUGGCAGAAGCCCCAGCUGGCUUCUCCAACAAGGAGUCUGUCCAGAAAGAGGUGAAAGCCACUCUCUUGCAGAAAGCCACCAUGAGCUGUGAGGUUUCUGAUUCCAAGACAGAGGUAAAGUGGUACAAGGAUGGCAAGCUGCUGACUUCCAGCAAAGCAGUCCACAUGGAGUCAAAGGGCAAGAGCCGUGAGCUGGUGAUAGAAAAAAUGGAGAAAAAAGAUGCUGGAGAAUACACAUGUGAGGCUGGAACAGAGAAGCUGGUAUUUAAGCUACAGAUGACAGAUGCAGCUGUCAAGUUCCAGAAGAAGCUUGUCAAGGAUACAUGUAUUGUUCAAGCAAGUGAAAACAUUGUUUUGACCACUGAGCUGACCGUAGAGAGUGGUAGUGUGAAGUGGUUCAGAGACGGUGUGGAGCUCAAGGAGGGCAGCAAGUAUGAAAUGAAAAAAGAUGGCCUUUCUCGUACCCUGAUAGUAAAAUCCACCGGAUCCAAAGACAGUGGAUCAUACUGCUGUCAAACUGCAGAUGACAAACUGGAGUUCAAAGUUCAAGUUAAAGAUGCAGCUUUGAAGUUUGUUGUCCCUUUGAAACCCGCUACAGUGGAGUUGGGAGGUACACUUAGUCUGGUGUGUGAACUAAAUCAAGCCUCAGGGGAUGUUAUCUGGCAGCAUGGCGGUCGUGAGAUUAAACCUGGAGGCAGGUACUGUGUAAGAACAGAUGGUGCUAAGCGCUUUCUCACCGUGAGUGGCAUGACUAAAGAAGAUGAAGGAGAAUACAGCUGUGAAUGUAGAAAUGACAAGACCUCUGCUAAAGUUUCCUCAAAAGCACCCAGACUAGUGCGGCUGACCACCAAACUCAACAAUGUGGCUGCAAUGGAGGGAAAAGAGGCCAUUUUCAAGUGCGCUGUCUCCCUAGCGGACGUCAACGUGAAAUGGUUCCACAACAGUAUACCCAUCGCUGCUGGGCCCAAGUAUAAGAUUGAACACGGUGGCAACAGUCACUCACUCACCAUCACCUCUGUCACCCAAAAAGAUGCUGGAGAAAUUAGCAUUGACGCUGAAGGCAAAAGCUGCAAAGCUACCCUACAAGUGCAACAUGAGCCUGUGACAUUUAAGAAAAAGCUAGAAAACCUGACAGUGGAGGAGCAGAGUGAAGUGAAGCUGGAAGUUGAGCUAAGUAAGCCAUCAGACGAAGUGAGGUGGAUGAAGAACAGCGUAGUCCUGCAGCCUGCAGGAAACAUGGGGAUUCGGGUGGAUGGAGCUAAGCAGGCUCUGGUCUUCAAGAGUGUGACUCAUGCUGACCGGGGCAUCUACUCCUGUGAAACUCUUGAUGACAAAACCCAGGCCAAACUCACCGUAGAGAUGAAGAAGAUCCAGGUAAUAAAGGGCCUAAAAGAAACCAAGGCACAUGAGACAGAGACAGUUACCCUGGAGGUAGAGCUCAGCCAGGCUGAUGUCGAGGGCUCCUGGACCAGGGAUGGGGCCAAGUUAAAGGCAGGGGCAAACUGCCGUAUCACAGCGUUGGGAAAGAAACAUGCCCUAACAUUGUCCCAUCUCAAGAGGGAGGAUGCAGGAACUAUUGCCUUCCAAGCAGAAGGAGUACAUGUUUCUGGCAAACUGAUUGUAACAGAACCUCCUGCUAUGAUCUCCAAGCCCAUUUUGGAUAUUAGUGUUCCUGAGAAGGAGAAGGUUACUUUUGAAUGUGAAGUUUCCAGAACAAAUGCAGAUGUUAAAUGGUUUAAGGAUGAUGUGGAACUGAAACCAGGAAAGAACUUUGGCAUCCAUUCUUUGGGUCGAAAGCGCACUUUGGUAAUCAACAAAUGCACCCCUGAAGAUGCAGGCACUUACAUCUGUCGCACGACUGAUGACAACACUUCUGCUAAGCUCACCAUUCAUGCCAGAGAUAUAAAGAUUAUUAAGAAGUUGGAAGAUGUGGAGGUGAUGGAGAAGGAGAGUGCUGCAUUUGUCUGCGAAAUCUCACAUGAUGAAGUGGACUGUCAGUGGUACAAAGGAAGUACCAAAGUCAAAGUCAGUGACAACAUCAAGAUGAGACAAGAGGGCAAAACCUAUGUACUGCUGUUUAAGUCUGUUUCCCCAGAAGAUAUGGGUGAUAUUAAAUUCACAGCUGAGAAGGCCUCUUCAACUGCAAAGCUUAAAGUGAAAGAGCUGCCUGUCAAGUUUGUGAAGAGACUCAGGGAUAAGAUAGCGAUGUAUAAGCAUCGCGGUCAUCUUGAAUGCCAAGUGUCACGUGCCAGUGCAAAGGUGAAGUGGUUCAAGAACAAGACGGAGAUCAAACCUGGCAAGAAGUAUGAGAUCAAAAGUGAAGAUGUGUAUCGAAAACUCACCAUCAACGACGUGGACGAGGGUGACGAGGACACGUAUACCUGUGACGCCACUGAUGACAAGACAUCCUGUAAACUACUUGUGGAAGAGCAAUCCAUCAGCAUUGUGCGGGAGCUUAGUUCUGUAGAAGUGACAGAACCCUUCGCCGCUGUUUUUGAAGUUGAAAUCAGUAUGGAACUGGUGAAACCUCCUACAUGGACUCUGAAUGGAGUUGCUGUGCAGGAGAGUGCUGAUGUUGAAAUGGAGAAAGAGGGCACCAUGCACCGUCUCACUUUCAAAAAGACCAAAGCAUCAAUGACAGGACCUGUACAGUUUACAGCUGGGAAGAGCAAAUCUUUAGCCCAGCUUACAGUCAAAGAGCGUCCGCUUGAGGUCGCAGAGCCCAUCAAAGAUGUGAAGGCAAAGGAGAAAAGCUCUGCCAUACUUAGCUGCAAAUUCUCUGCCACACCCAAAGAGGUUAAUUGGUUCAAAGGACAGGUACCUCUGGCAGCGUCAGAUAAAUAUAACAUGAAGCAAGAUGCUACAAGGGCUCAACUCACCAUUCAAAGGUUGACUGAGGAAGAUAGUGGAGAGUACUGCUGUCAGUCUGGACCUGCUAAGACCAAAGGCACACUUACUGUUGAAGUACGUGAAAUUAAGGUCACCAAGCACUUAGCCAACACAGAGGUAGACGAAGACAACGAUGCAGUUUUCACGAGCGAGAUUAACUAUGCAGAUGAAGAGGUGCAGUGGCUCCUGAAUGACAAGGUGCUCUUCACUAAUGAAGUCAACACCAUCACUCAUGAGGGGAAGGUUCACAAGCUCACACUGAAGAACUUAGCACCUCAGGAUGGGGGAACUAUCACCUUUCAAGUCCGCAAGGUGAAAGAGUCUGUGACACUUAAGGUUAAAGAGAAACGUGCUGUCUUCCUCAAGUCUCUAGAUGAUGUCAUUGGAGAGGAGAAAGGCAUGAUAACUCUGGCGUGUGAGGCGUCCAAGCCCAGGGUUUCUCCCACAUGGAGAAAAGAAGGUAAAGUCUUGAAGGCUGGACCAAAGUAUGAGCUCCUUCACACAGGCAAGUCUUUGGGGCUGAUCAUCAAGGAUGUCACCAAAGAAGAUGCUGGAGAGUAUAGUUGUGAUCUUGGAACUGAAGUUUCUAAAGCAAAGGUCACUGUAAGAGAGAUUGGCAUUGGAAUAACCAAAUGGCUGAAGUCAGCUGAGGUGAAUGAGGGAGAGUCUUGUACCUUUGAGUGCAUCUUAUCUCGUGAGAGCACAGAUGAGUGUUCCUGGACUCUUAAUGGCCAAACUAUUACAAAUGGAGGCCGCUUCAAAAUCACCAGUAAAGGGCGCAAGUACAUGCUCACCAUUAAGGAUGUCACUCCUGCUGAUGCUGGAGAGGUGGUCUUCAACAUUAAAGAUUUGAGCUCCAAAACAACAUUAACAGUUGAAGGCAAAGCUUUGUCUGUGUCAAAGGGACUACAGAAUGUUAAUGUUGAUCAAGGGGAAGAUGCUGUAUUUACCUGUGAGGUAACACAGGCUAGUUCCACCGUAAAGUGGUCCAAGGAAAGCAGAGCCAUCAAAAAGAGCCAGAAGUAUGAUAUUAGCCAAGAGGACAAGGUCAUGAAGCUGAUCAUCCACAAUGUCUCUGCUCAAGACUCUGGAGAGUACAGUUGUGAAGUUAUUGGAGGUGCAACCACCAAAGCCAAGCUUGAAAUCAAAGAGCCGAUCCAUAAAUUCACUAAAACACUGAAGGACAGUGAAGCCGUGGAGAAGAGUUCUGUGACCUUGAAUUGUGAGACUGCACAAACCCCAUCUACUGUUAUAUGGCUUAAAGGGCACGCAGAGCUUAAGGCUGGAGGCCGAUAUGAGAUGUCCCAGAAGGAGGGGGUCUUAAUUCUCACCAUCAAGCACCUGGAGGAGAAAGACACUGAUAUCUACACUUGUGACGUGGGCACUGCCAAGAGCAUGGCAAAGGUGACAGUCAAUGCCCUGCCUGCCAGUUUCAAAGAGAAGCUCAAGAACCAAGAGAAAAACAAAGGGGAGGCUGUGACACUUUGCUGCACGUUAUCAAAAUCUGGCGCUGACGUUCAGUGGAAGAAAGGCUCUGAAAUCCUCAAAGCUGGAGAGAAGUAUGAGAUGAAGCAGAAGGAGAUCUGUUGCGAGCUUCAUAUUAAGAAUUUGAAGGUCGAAGAUAGCGGAGAGUACUCUUGCGUGUGUGGGGACCAGAAGACAUCUGCAACUGUAAAAGUCAAUGCAUUACCGCCGACCUUCAAACAGAAGCUGGAAAGCCAGGAGGCUGAGGAGGGAGCCGACAUUACUCUGCACUGUGAGCUCUCUGAACCUGGAGUUCCAGUGGAGUGGAAGAAGGGAACACAGAUCCUGAAGUCUGGAGAAAAGUACCAGAUGAAGCAGAAGGCCUCUGUGAAUGAACUCCUGAUCAACAAAGUGUUGCCAGAAGACAGUGGAGACUACAGCUGUGUGUGUGGAGACCAGAAGACAACAGCCAGCCUCAAUAUCAAGGCCCAACCAGUGACCUUCAAACAGAAGCUGGAGAGCCAGGAGACUGAAGAGGGAGCUGACAUUACUCUGCGCUGUGAGAUCUCUAAACCUGGAGUUCCAGUGGAGUGGAAGAAGGGAACACAGAUCCUGAAGUCUGGAGAAAAGUACCAGAUGAAGCAGAAGGCCUCUGUGAAUGAACUCCUGAUCAACAAAGUGUUGCCAGAAGACAGCGGAGACUACAGCUGUGUGUGUGGAGACCAGAAGACCACAGCUAGCCUGAAGAUCAAGGCCCAACCAGUGACCUUCAAACAGAAGUUGGAAAGCCAGGAAGCUGAGGAGGGAGCCAGCGUUACUCUGCGCUGUGAGAUCUCUAAACCUGGAGUUCCAGUGGAGUGGAAGAAGGGAACACAGGUCCUGAAGUCUGGAGAAAAGUACCAGAUGAAGCAGAAGGCCUCUGUGAAUGAACUCCUGAUUGAGAAAGUGUUGCCAGAAGACAGUGGAGACUACAGCUGUGUGUGUGGAGACCAGAAGACAACAGCCAGCCUCAAUAUUAAGGCCCAACCAGUGACCUUCAAACAGAAGUUGGAAAGCCAGGAGGCGGAGGAGGGAGCCAGCGUUACUCUGCACUGUGAGAUCUCUAAACCUGGAGUUCCAGUGGAGUGGAAGAAGGGAACACAGGUCCUGAAGUCUGGAGAAAAGUACCAGAUGAAGCAGAAGGCCUCUGUGAAUGAACUCCUGAUCAACAAAGUGUUGCCAGAAGACAGUGGAGACUACAGCUGUGUGUGUGGAGACCAGAAGACAACAGCCAGCCUCAAUAUCAAGGCCCAACCAGUGACCUUCAAACAGAAGCUGGAGAGCCAGGAGACUGAAGAGGGAGCCGACAUUACUCUGCGCUGUGAGAUCUCUAAACCUGGAGUUCCAGUGGAGUGGAAGAAGGGAACACAGGUCCUGAAGUCUGGAGAAAAGUACCAGAUGAAGCAGAAGGCCUCUGUGAAUGAACUCCUGAUCAACAAAGUGUUGCCAGAAGACAGCGGAGACUACAGCUGUGUGUGUGGAGACCAGAAGACAACAGCCAGCCUGAAGAUCAAGGCCCAACCAGUGACCUUUAAACAGAAGCUGGAAAGCCAGGAAGCUGAAGAGGGAGCUGACAUUACUCUGUGCUGUGAGAUCUCUAAACCUGGAGUUCCAGUGGAGUGGAAGAAGGGAACACAGAUCCUAAAGUCUGGAGAAAAGUACCAGAUGAAGCAGAAGGCCUCUGUGAAUGAACUCCUGAUCAACAAAGUGUUGCCAGAAGACAGCGGAGACUACAGCUGUGUGUGUGGAGACCAGAAGACAACAGCCAGCCUGAAGAUCAAGGCCCAACCAGUGACCUUCAAACAGAAGUUGGAAAGCCAGGAAGCUGAGGAGGGAGCCAGCGUUACUCUGAGCUGUGAGAUCUCUAAACCUGGAGUUCCAGUGGAGUGGAAGAAGGGAACACAGAUCCUGAAGUCUGGAGAAAAGUACCAGAUGAAGCAGAAGGCCUCUGUGAAUGAACUCCUGAUCAACAAAGUGUUGCCAGAAGACAGCGGAGACUACAGCUGUGUGUGUGGAGACCAGAAGACAACAGCCAGCCUGAAGAUCAAGGCUGUGAAGCUGUCAGCUCCUCCUUCAGCUACUAAACUGGAAUCUAAGAGGCAGGAGACCAAAGAAACAACGGAAGCAAAGACACCUGAAGCUCCGUCUGUGGCUGCUAAAGACAAGCACGAGAGGCAAGAGAUAAAUGAGACAGUGAAAGCUGUGACACUGCCAUCUACUGGACAGACUCCUAAACAGCAGCUCCUCAAUCAGGAGAUUCAGAGAGAGUCACAAGAGCUGAAAGUUGGAGGUGAAGUUGAAAACACUGCUGCUGGAAAGGCUGCAAAACAAGAUAAACAGAAGCAGGGGAGCAAAGAGCCAGUAGAAGUUACAGCAGAGAAGGCACCAGCUUCAGCAGUGACCCCCAAAGUUGAACUUGAGAAGCAGGAAUCCAAAAAGGGAAUUGAAGGGAUUGAAAAGCCUGCUGUGUCUGAAGUCACACCAAAGCCAGAGCCUACAAAGAUCGAUAACAAAGUGAAUGAACAAGUUCUUCCAGUCGUAGUCAUUCAAGACCUGGAGAGCCAGGAGGCUGAGGAUGGAGGCAGUGUCACUCUGUACUGUGAGUUUUCUAAACCUGGACUGCCCGUAGAGUGGAAGAAGGAAACUCAAGUCCUGAGUUGUGGAGAAAAGUACCAAAUGCAACAAACGGGGUUCAGUUAUAAGUUACAGAUCUUCGAUUUGAGACCUGGAGACACAGGAAGCUACUCGUGCUGUUCAGAGGACACAAUAAGCUCGGCCUCUCUUGUAGUAAAUGCUGCCCCAGUUAUUUUCACAAAAGAGCUUGAAAACCAAAUGGCUGAUGAAGGGAACAGUGUAACCCUGCACUGUGAGCUUUCUAAACCUGGUGUUCCUUUGGAGUGGAGGAAAGGAGAACUUGGUCUUUGUCCUUGUGCCAAGUAUGAAAUUAAACAAGCAGGACACCUGGGUACACUAGUAAUCCAUGAUGUAGACCCAGAGGAUUCUGGGAGUUACACAUGUGACAGUGGUGACUGUCAAAGCACUGCACAGCUAGCUGUGAAGGCCCAGCCUGUGCUUUUCAAAACCCAGCUGCAGAACCUUGAAAGACAGGCAGGGGAGAGCGCUAGUUUUCGCUGUGAGACCACAAAGCCGGGAGCUAUUGUGGUCUGGAGGUGUGGCGACAGGGUGCUUGUAUCCAGCAGCAAGUAUCACCUGAAACAGGAAGGAACCAUUGUGGAGCUUGUUGUCUAUAAGCUGCAGAGAGCUGACUCAGGAGAAUACUCCUGUGAUACCGGCAGCCAGAGGACUUCAGCUGUCCUCAUUGUGCAGGAGGUCGAGGUUAACAUACUGAAAUUCUUGGAGAGCUGCGUUGUUUACGAGGGUGAAGACGUCCGCUUUGAAUGUCUGGUCUCUCACGAGGAGGCACCUCUGGCCCAGUGGAAACUCCAGGACGUCCCUCUACAGAAUAAUGAAAUGAACCUGAUUAACGCCGAAGGCCGUGUACACAGCCUCACACUCAGAGGCGUCACCACAGCUGACUCAGGGACAGUCACUUUCACAGUGGGUAACCACACUUCCACUGCUUCUCUGACAGUCAGAGCCACACCUGUGCUGUUCAAGAAGGAGCUGGAGAGUCAAGAGGCCAUUGAGGGAGACAAGGCCACCCUGUCCUGCGAGACAUCCAACCCCGACUGCAAGGUGACCUGGCUGAAGGGCUCAACUGUGCUCAUCCAUGGGGAAAAGUACAGUAUGGAGCAGAAUGCCACCACCCACAUCCUGAUCAUACACAACGUGAAUGUGAAGGAUAGUGGAGAAUAUAUCUGCGAUACAGGGGACAAGAGAAGCACUGCUACCCUGACUGUGAAAGAGCAUGUGAGCAUCCUACGAGAACUCUGCGAUAUUACUGUGAUCACUGGGCAGGAUGCUGUCUUUGAGGUUGAGCUGUCACACUCUGGCGUGACAAACGGGGAAUGGUGGCUUGGGGACAACAUCCUCCAAAAUAACGAUCUGAAUCAAAUGAGCAGCCAGGGCAGAGUGCACCGUUUGGUCCUGAAGAUGGUGACCACAGAUGAAUCAGGGGAUGUUGCCUUUGUAGUGGGAGAAGAGAAGACUGUGGCUUGUCUCCUGGUGGAGGAGAAACCCAAAGUGCUAAUACUAGAGAAGCCACACAACACUUUGGCAUUAGAGGGUGAAACUGUCACUCUGGCCUGCACCAUCUCUGACCCCAAGGCAACUGUUACCUGGACCAGAAACAACGUGGUCAUCCAAGCAGGUCUCAAGUAUGACCUGAAGAAGAACGGAACAUUCCACCAGCUUCGUAUCCACAACCUGGUGCCUGAUGACUCAGGAACGUACACCUGUAACACUGGAGAUGCACAGUGUGAUGUCUCCUUGACUGUGGAAGGUGCUCCAGUGUUUUUCCGCAAAGAGCUCAAGAACCAGGACGCCAUAGAGUGUGAUGAUAUUACUCUUCGCUGUGAGAUGUCUAAGCCAGGUGUUCGCGUUGAGUGGAGGAAAGGAGGCAUGGUCCUCCAGCCCGGUAAGAAGUAUGAGAUGAGGCAGGAAGGGUGCAUUCACGAGCUCUGUAUGCGGAACCUGGAGCCUGAAGACAGUGGCUACUACACGUGUGAUGCAGGAGACCAGCUGACUACAGCUUCUUUGGCAGUGCAAGUGAAAGAAGUCUUCAUUGUGUGUGGUCUUAAGGCCACUGACGUCUUUGUUGGAGAAUGGGCAACCUUCUCCUGCCAGCUGUCUGGUAGGGCACCUGGCAAGGUGCAGUGGUGGCUGGAUGGCACCUUGCUGGAGAACAGCCCCAGUAGUGAGAUAGGGCUGAGCCAGGGCCACAUCUACACACUCACCUUAAAGAACCUGGCUACAGAUGACUCUGGCACUGUCACGUUCAAAACUGGCAGCUUAACAUCAACCGCCAAGCUCUUAGUCAAAGGGUUCCUUAAAAAGUUUGCAGUUCAUCCCACAGUUGAAGUGGUGAGCGAGAUGGAGGACCUACGGGUAGUCGAAAACCAACCGGCCGAGUUCAUCUGCCAGUACUCAAGGCCUGUCAAGGCUCAGUGGAAGAAAGACGGGCAGCCAUUGCAGCCUGAUGGCCGAAGGGUGGUAGUGGAGCAGGACUGGAAUGUGGCUCGCUUGUACAUUAGCCGUGUGUCCGCUGAGGACAGAGGCUCAUACUCCUGUGAAGCACAGGGGACUUGCGUGGUCGCUUCACUUCAUGUGGAAGCCAAACCCAUUGACAUAGUCCAGGGACUGGAGAAUGCAGAGACCUUCGAUGGAGGUGAAGCGCUGUUUGAGUGCGCCCUUUCUCGUCCUGAGAGCAAAGAUUGCCACUGGCUUCUUGAUGGGAAACCUGUGAAGGAAACCCCCAAUGCUGAGAUUGUGACAUUUGAGAGUGGUCGUCGUCACCUGCUCCUGCUGAAAGAGUUGCGCAUUAAAGACAGUUGCACAGUGACCUUCAAAGCUGGCACAGCAUCCACAUCUGCCCAACUCUCUGUCAAAGGUUGGCAGCUGGAUGUUGUGAAGGGUCUGGAGGACAAGGUGGCUGCAGUGGGAGAUAAGGUUGAGUUUUGUGUUGAGCUCACCGAGCCCGUCCCUGCGACAGAAGUAGCCUGGUAUGCUAAUGGCGUUGAGCUCAAGGCCAGUGACCUCUGGGCUAUGAGGAUUGAUGGCUGUUCUUAUCGCCUGGUCCUGAGACAGGCACCUCUUAUGCCACAGCAGGAAAUUACAUUUGCUGCUAGAGAUGCUCUCUCUUUGGCCAAGCUCACCAUCAUCACUGUACCUGAUCCUCCAGAGGACCCAGAGGUCCUCAGUAAGACUACACAGUCUGUCGCCCUCUCUUGGUUCACUCCUCUACAUGACGGAGGGAGUCCCAUUCUGGGCUACAAGGUGGAGAUGCGGCUGGUGGACAGUGCCCUCUGGCUUCCAUGUCAUUCUGAACCUGUUUGCAACACAGAUUUUGUGGUCGAAAAUCUUACCCCAGGCGGUGGCUACAGGUUUAGAGUGGCAGCUAUCAACAGAGCUGGGAUUGGAGAGCCUGUUGAGUUGCCUCAGACUGUACAGCUUGAGACAGCCGCAAAGCCACAAACAUGCCCAGAUGCAGAGGCUAAACAGGUAGAGACUGAGAUACUGGGGCAGCCCAGUCUGCCUCCAGAAGCUGCUGAAGAAGGUGAUGUGCAUGAGCUGUGGGAGGAAUCGGCCAAGAAACGCCGCAUGAGUCGAGAGCCCACUCUGGACUCCAUCUCUGAACAACCCGAGGAGGACGGCAAAGGUGGUCAAAAGAAGUCAGAACAGACAGACGUGAAGGUGUCAGAGAAAGUGGAAACAAAAUCAGGAGAGAAGGAGCAGACCAUCGUGUCUAAGAAGCAGACAGAGUCCAACUUGUGCACCAGCUCUGAGGAUGAGUCUGUUUCUGGGGGUCCAACACUUGUGUCCUACCUCAAGAAGAGCAGCAAGUCUGCUGUCACAGUGACCAAUGAGUCAGAGACUCUGAGUGCUGAGAGGUUCUUUGCGCAUUUCCAGAUGGCAGAGGAGAAAACAGUGACUGAAGUGCAAACAACCACAAUUCAGAAGACGGAUGUAAAACAGGUGUCUACAGAGGAGACUAUGGAGAUCAGUAAAGAGGAUGAGCCUGAGCUUAGAGAGGCUGCCAUUAAGAUUCAAGCUGCCUUCAAGGGCUACAAAGCCCGCAAGGACAUGCGCCCUGUCUUUAAAGAGGUCUAUAAAGACCAGACCAAGGAACCUAAUGGCACCAUACAUCUAGAAUGUGUGGCAGAAGGUAAACCUGAUAAGGUGCUGUGGCUGAAGGAUGGAGAACCACUGACGGAUGGAAAGCACCACCAUAUUGAUAUCUACAAUGAUGGUACCUGCUCACUGGUCAUCACUGCCAUCACAACAAAGGAUACUGGGGUUUACACUUGUGAGGUCACCAACAAGUAUGGAGUGUCUUCUCACAGUGGUAAGGUCACAGUAGGAACGGCGAGAGAAUCGUCCGGGCGACGGCCACUGACUGUGGGCUACAGCGCCGACAGCGAGCCCGAGAGCUCCUCAGGUAGUGAGAUGGAUGAGUCACUGAGGCAGGCAAGCAGACGUCUCCGGCGCCUUCUUCGCACACGUCUUCCACCAGAUGUUGAGGAAGAAUCAUUUGUCAGCGCAGAUGAAGGAGACAUGCGUCCCCCAGAUCCCCACUCUUACCGGGAGGAUGACAAUUACAUCUACAUUCGCUUUGAUUCACGGAAGGAGGCCGAGGUUGCCUCAAAGAGGUUCCAGGAGAUGUUUACAGUCCAUGGGGUUCCCGUGGAGACCACCAUCAUGGAGGCAGGCCAUCUCAAAGUGGAGCUGCGAAUUAGAAAGAUGGGCUACACGCAAGAUGGCACGGAGACCCCCACACAAGAUAGACAGCCUUCUGUACUGAUUGCUGGAGCCCCGGCUGCCCCAGUCUUCUUGACAGAACUACAAAGUCAGGAUGUUCCAGACGGUUAUCCAGUCAGCUUUGACUGUGUUGUGAUUGGCAAGCCCCCUCCCACUGUUCGCUGGUAUAAGGAUGGAAAACUGCUGGAGGAGAAUGACCAUUACAUGAUCAAUGAAGACCAGGAAGGCUGCCACCAACUCAUCAUUACCACUGUGCUGCCCACUGACAUGGGCGUCUAUCGUUGCACAGCUGAAAACACCAGCGGCAUUGCAGCUACUAAGGCUGAACUCAGAGUUGACAUGUCUUGCAGCUCCGAUUAUGACACUGCCGCUGAUGCCACUGAGACAUCUUCCUAUGUCAGUGCCAAGGGCUACAUGUCCAGGGAAACAGAGACAUUUGAGUCUGUAGCUGAAGAUGAUCAGCUGCCACAAGUUGUGGAGGAGCUUCAUGAUGUUCAUGUCAGUCCAGGUGCACCAAUUGCUAAGAUGCAGCUCAGACUAAAGGGCUUCCCCAAACCCAGAGUUUACUGGUUCAAGGAUAGCCAGCCUCUGCGACCUUCAGAAAGGAUUAUGUUGCUAUCAAAGAGAGAUGUUCAUAGCUUGGAGAUCCUGGAGGUGAAGAGAGAGGAUAUGGGGGAGUACUCUGCUUACAUCAGCAAUGUGGCUGGUUCUGCUUACUCCUCUGCCCGACUGAUAGUUCUGAGUCCUGGGGAGAUUAUGCCACAAGAUAAACACGACCCCAAAGAGCCCCUGGUGCCACCCCGCUUCAUUGAAAGGUUCAGCAACAGGAAGGUGAAACAAGGAGCCAGCAUCACUCUGUCUGUAAAAGUAGAAGGAUCUCCAACUCCCAUGGUCUCCUGGCUAAAGGAGGAAUCAAUGGAAGAUGUCCUGUGGAUCAAGCCUGAUACCAAGGGAUACAAAAUAGCAAGCUCAGGGCGCCAGCACAGUCUCAUCUUGAUGGACGUGGGCACAGAAUACACUGGCGCCUACACCUGUAUUGCCACAAAUAGGGCAGGACAGUCCAUCUGCACUGCCCACCUCGAGGUUGAUGACACACCACAACCAAAGAGAGAGUCCAAACCCUCAGAGGUUCUUGGGAUUACAGUUAGUCCUCCAGAAGAGGAGGCUAGCCGGGGAAAAGAGGGUAAAAUGCCCUACUUAGGUGAAGUAGGCACAGAGGAAUUCCUUAUGAAACUCACCUCGCAGAUCACUGAAAUGGUAUCAGCAAAGUUUACCCAAGACAGCUUACAGAAUCACGAAGUGCUCCAGUGGAUGAAAUCUUGGCCCAAAACUACCACUUCAUUACGCGUACCAGGUGCUGACAGUGACGACGAGACCAAGACCCCUUCUCCAUCACCUCACCACGGUCGCUCUCGUCCUCCCUCCCUCAUUGCUGACUCCUCCUCUGAGUCUGAUGAGGGGGAUGCCAGGGGGGAGAUGUUUGACAUCUAUGUGGCAACGGCUGACUACAACCCCACCAUAGCAAGCAAAGAAUCCAUCUCUCUAAAGGAGGGACAGUAUGUUGAGGUUUUGGACUCAGCUCAUCCACUCAAAUGGUUAGUCCGGACCAAACCCACCAAAACUACACCAUCUCGCCAAGGCUGGGUCUCACCUGCCUACCUGGACAAGAAACUCAAACUCUCUGCUGAUACGGGUGAUCUUCCAGAAACAAGUGUAGAGGAAGUGUCCGAGGGUGAAUACAAGAGGAAAUUAUUCCAACUGAUCCAAGACCUGAUAAAAGGUGAAUCAGAGUUCGUAAGAGAGGUAGACUUCUUUACCACCCAUCACAUGAAGCAUACAGACAGCCCUGAUGCUCCACCUGAUGUCAGCAGCCAGAAGGACACCAUAUUCAGGAACAUCGAUGACAUCAAGUCCUUCCAUUGCAAGGCAUUCCUCCCAAAAUUGAACGACUGUGACACAGAUGAUGAUGUAGCCAUGUGCUUCCUGAAGAGCAAAGAGGGCUUUGAGAAGUACCUCCAGUAUCUUGUUGGUCAGGGUCAGGCUGAAUCUGCAGUCAGUGACAAGACUGUCCACCGCUUCUUCAAGGAGUACACUGAGAAAGUGCAAGCCACUGCAGACCCUGGAGAUCCCCCUGUACGCAGCAUCAACGCCUGCCUCCAACAACCGCUGGACAGGAUUCAGAAGUACAAGGCCAUCCUCAAGGAGCUCAUUCGAAACAAGGCAAGAAAUGGCCAGAACUGCUGCCUACUGGAAGAAGCGUACGCCAUGGUGUCUGCACUCCCACAGCGCUCUGAGAAUACACACCAUGUCUCCAUGAUCGAGAACUAUCCUGCCACGCUGGAAGUUUUAGGAGAGCCAAUUAGACAGGGACCCUUCCAAGUGUGGGAAGGAGCUCCAGGAAUUAGGACAUCCUCUAGAGGUCACCACCGCCAUGUCUUCCUGUUUAAGAACUACUGUAUAAUCUGCAAACCCAAGAGAGACAGCAACACUGAUACACAAGCUUAUGUCUUUAAGAACAUGAUGAAGUUGAAUAACAUUGAUGUGAAUGAGACAGUGGAGGGUGACGACCGUGCCUUUGAGAUCUGGCACGAACGUGAGGACUCUGUGAGGAAGUACACCUUGCAGGCCCGAACUGUUACCAUCAAGAAUUCAUGGCUGAGAGACCUCAGAGAACUGCAGCAGCGAUACAGCAUGCCUGCAUGGAGUCCUCCUGACUUUGAUGAAAUUCUGGCAAACUGCACAGCAGAGCUGGGACAGACAGUUAAGUUGGCCUGCAAAGCGACUGGAGUACCCAAACCUACAAUCACUUGGUACAAGGAUGGGCGUGCUGUGGAGGCAGAUCCUCAUCACAUCAUCAUUGAGGACCCUGAUGGUUCCUGCACACUGAUCUUGGAUAACAUGACAGCAGAUGAUUCUGGCCAGUACAUGUGCUUUGCCACAAGCUCAGCUGGCAAUGCCAGCACUCUUGGCAAGAUCACUGUUCAAGUGCCGCCACGUUUUGUGAAUAAAAUGAGGAAUACUAUAUUUGUCGCGGGUGAGGAUGGUCAAUUCACCUGCGUCAUACAGAGUGCCCCCAGCCCCAAGAUCAGGUGGUUCAAGGACGGCAGGCUGCUGACUGACCAGGAAAAGUAUCAGACCUACAGCGAGCUCCGUAGUGGGGUUCUGGUGUUGGUAAUAAAAAACAUGACAGAGAGAGACCUGGGACACUAUGAGUGUGAGUUGUCCAACCGUCUGGGCAGUGCUAAAUGUGCUGCUGAUUUAGUUCCACCCUCUGCUGUGGCUCGCACUGGUGAGCAGGCCAUCACUAUUGAAGUUACUGAGCAGGAGACAAGAAUACCAAGGAAAACCAUCAUCAUUGAGGAGACUAUAACCACUGUGGUGAAGAACCCCCGCAUGAGGAGGCACAGGUCCCCUGGCUUGACAGUUGCCGGAGCCCACCGCUCGGAGACCUCCACCCCAGAGCCCCCUGCAGCCAGGCUGAGGAGGAUGCCCACUCCAAGAAAGACCACCAUCCCGACCCUCUAUGUUACUGAACCCGAGGGUGCUGAAGCCAGGGCCAUGGAGAGCAAACCCAGGUGGGUUGAGGUAGAGGAGGUUAUUGAGUAUAAGGUCAAUAAAUCCCCCAGGCUGCCCAGGAGGAGAGGUAUCUCACCGGCAGGGUCUGAACGUGCAGCCGCUUCCUCCAGACCCAGAAGAUCUCUGCUGGAAAACCCAAACACGAACAACUCCAACAACAAGCUGGUGGAGCAGGCCCAGCUGCAGGGAGACGUCAGCAGCCAGCCGCUCGCCUGGGAAGAAGAGGAGAGUAAUGUCACCUCUGAUUCUGUCACCGGAAUCACCGGAGAGCCACAUGAGCUCUCAUCUGUCCUCACUCCAGCUGGGGAGGACAGCGAGGACCAGGAUGAUCAACAAACUGUCAUCUUCGAACCCGAUGAUGAAGAUGAUGAUCAUAACUUGUUCACAAAGCAGGAGCCUCAGAUUCUGAUGCAAGGAGGCCGCAUCCUAACCCUCGAAGACUUGGAGGAUUAUGUCCCAGAAGAAGGAGAGACCUACGGCUCCUCCAACACCCACAACCUUGAAGCAGAAAAGCCCUGUGAGAUCUCUGUGCUCCAGAGGGAGAUUGGGGGGUCCACAGUGGGACAGCCGGUGCUCCUCAACGUGGGCCGGCCUGUCGCGGCCCCGAGGCAGAGAGGCGGCUUCUUCAGUCGCUUCAGAGAGCAUCUCUCCAGCAACCUUUUCUCAUCUGCUGUCCCCCAAGCCAGCGGAGCCCGGUCCAGGACAGAAAGGCAUGUCCCCAUCCAAGUGAGCCACGCAGAGCUGGAAGUGAAGCCUUCAUACUGCUCGGAGGUGCAGAGGGUCGAGGGUGGGCAGCAGAGCUUUAAAACCAAAGUGUCAACUCAGACCUACGGCUACACAUCAGUGGGCAACCCAGUUACUCUUCAAAUUAGUGAUAACCUUUAUCAGAACCAGCAGUAGCGAACUAUUUUUAUUUGGAAGAACAAACCCUCUUAGUCUUAAAUGGGGACAUUUCUACUUAAAUGAGACAUAUCCUGACCUGAAGUAUAUUUACUGCAUUUGACAAACCAUUCCAUUUUAAAGCUGCCCAUCAGAAAAUAGGCUCAUCCUUGUGAGUCUUUUUCUUGAUAAAUGGUUAGAGUCAGAUGGUCUCUUAGGACGCGACGAGUUGGAAAAUGUAGGUAUAGCUAUGUGACUGUAAGUCAGUCCCAAACGGCUGUGUUACAACUGCUUUAUGAUGUAUAUUGUGUACAAUAUACAUGGUGAACAGAAUCCAAUAAAUGAAGGUUUUAACUGAUUUUACUGAUGAACAAUUUCAUCGUCAUUUUGUAGACGAAAAUCACGUUUCUCUUGAACCUCACAUCAUGAACCUUGACCCACCAAUAUUAACCAAUCCAAGCAUUAUCCUCAGUGGAGACUCUUGCUAUAAACAUAAACAAAUAGUACAGAAUAUUCUGGUAGAUAUAUUUUUUUUGGUUUUACUUUUGUACCUUUUAAGAAAUGUUACCUUUUGCACUUUUGCAGUGCCUUGGAUUCCUGGAGCAGCAAAUGUUGGAGUUAAUGACCAUUAAUGAGGUCAUGUCUACAUGUUUGUAGUCCAGUAUUGCUAUAAGUUCAUUUAAAUAUUCAACACUGAUUAUGUAAAAUUAACAACAGAACUUUGUUGACCGUUGUGGUCCAUGGGGUGUUGUUUAAGUUUAAUCAAAGAUGUGCGGUCAAAUUAUAGUUGGUUUGGCUAAAAUCAAACAUAAGUUCACUUCUACUUGGUUGUUUGCGAAUGAUUUAUUGUUAAGGUCAGACUGACAACCUGUUUCACAUCAGAUCUCUGUAUUUGACUGCAUUUACGUCAUCUAUUAUUGUGAAACAGAUGUUUCUACCAUUAAUUGUGUAUUGAAUGUUAUACUCAGCCUUUUAGACAUUUUGUGUCUGUUAAUGCGGUGCAAUUACCUGGGAAUUCACAGAAUAUCACAGGGAUAUUCAUAUGUAAGGGCUAGAUAUUUAAACGAGUGACUGCAUGUAUUUGCUUUUCCAAAGCAGAUGUGUUUAUCGAGAGUAACCAGAUCUUCAAUGUUGUAUUGAUUGCAAGAAAAUGUUUAUGCAAAGUACUUGAGCUCACAGAAUUUACUACCUUUUCAAUGAUAUUUAAAAAGUGAGAAUACAAUAACUGUCCCUUAAAGAUUUGUGUGUUUGUGUUGUUUUUAAAAAGUCUUUUAGUCAGUUACAAGGAUCCUGUUAUGUAUUAUUAUUAAAGCACUAACAGAUUGUAAUUGCUUGUACUGUACAUGUGUAGUUUUUGGAAACAUGUUUGAGUACUCAGUGUUAAAUCUGAAUUAAAUAAAUGUACUGCAAAUAAUAACUAUAA